CCAAAGUAGGAAGGAAAGGAGUGUUGCUAAGUUUCUAAUUGCUAUAUUUAGCGGUGAAGAAAGAUACAAAAACGCGACUUCACAGAUGGCGAAAAGAGAGAGCUAGCAGACGACAGAGCACGUCUAUAAACGAGGGUUUAAGAUGGUAUCGCCGGAGCACUCACAGUUUCAUACUUCUCCAAUGGCCAAAUCACUGGUUCGUGGCAAAGCGGCGUCGAUUUUUUCCGAGGGGGUUCUGUUUGUUGGGGGAGCAUUGGUGGCCUUUUUGUUGGUUUGGGGUAUCUGGUCUAUGGCAAGCCCUGCUUCUACCCCUUCCCCCAAUUUUGAGAGGGUGGUUAGUGACCCCUUGAGUACGAGUGUUUCAGAUGAGAUCGAUUCGUCCGAUUGCGCCGUGGAUGGGCAGGGUGUUAACCUGCGCCACGACCCGCCUGAGCCCACCUUCUACGACAACCCGAAGACGAGUUAUAAGAUUGGGACGCCGGUCAAGAACUGGGACGAGAAGAGAAGAGAGUGGCUGAAGCUUCAUCCGUCCUUUGCCGCCGGUGCAGGAGAGCGGAUUCUGAUGCUGACGGGCUCACAACCGACACCCUGCAAGAAUCCGAUUGGGGACCAUUUUCUUCUGAGAUUCUUCAAGAACAAGGUCGACUACUGCCGAAUCCACGGCUACGACAUCUUCUACAACAACGUGCUGCUGCAGCCAAAGAUGUUCACUUUUUGGGCGAAAUUACCGGUGGUCCGAGCCGCGAUGAUGGCCCACCCGGAGGCGGAGUGGAUCUGGUGGGUCGACUCCGACGCCGCCUUCACCGACAUGGACUUCAAGCUCCCCUUAGAGAGGUACAGAAACCACAACCUCAUCGUCCACGGCUGGCCCAAUCUCAUCUACGACAAAAAGAGUUGGACGGGCCUCAACGCCGGCGUCUUCCUCAUUCGAAACUGCCAGUGGUCCCUAGACUUCAUGGAGGUCUGGGCCAGCAUGGGUCCCCAAGCCCCAGACUACGACAAAUGGGGCAAAACCCUUACUUCAACUUUCAAAGACAAGAUGUUCCCAGAGUCAGACGAUCAAUCGGGUCUGGUUUACUUGCUUGUGAAGGAGAAGGAUAAAUGGGCAGAGAAGAUUUACUUGGAGAGCCAGUACUACUUCGAAGGGUAUUGGGAAGAAAUAGUGGGAACGCUCGACAACAUCACCAGCAAGUACUUGGAGAUAGAGAAAGGGGAUAACACAUUGAGGAGGAGACACGCCGAGAAGGUGAGCGAGAGCUAUGCUGAGCAGAGGGAGCCGUAUCUGAAGAAGGCUGGCAGUGGAAGAUACAGUUGGAGAAGACCCUUCAUUACACACUUCACCGGAUGCCAGCCCUGCAGUGGCAAGCACAACCAAAUGUACGCCGGAGAGUCUUGUUGGAACAGUAUGCAGAAAGCCUUGAAUUUUGCAGACAAUCAAGUCCUCCGCAAUUUCGGUUUCGUGCAUCCUGAUCUACUAGAUUCCUCCACCGUCACUCCUCUGCCCUUUGAUUACCCUGCCUAAAGGCUAAAGGUGCAGUUUGUUUUGGUGCGGUUUUGUAGCCUUGAUAUAAUUCAAAAUGUCAAAGAAUAAAAUAGAAGAAGACAGUCAAUUGCAGUCCAAAGCAUCACUUCAGCGAAGUGAGUAUAACAGUGGUUUUACGGUUUUAGUAUUUAAAUAAUAUGUAAUGGGUCUGGAUUUUGCUUUAUGUAUAUAUUAGUAUUACUACUACCAUACGGAUGCAGCGGGAUGCUCCUCAUUCUCCGUUUUGCAAUCUUUUCUUUUCAUUUUUUAUCAAGGAAAAAGCUUUUGCGGAUCUUUUGCUUUUGGAGCUUCACCCAUAUUCCAUGAUUGAAGGAUAAUGUUGCUCAUCAAGGAGAGCGCAUGAUGAAAGAAUGAUGUUGGGGUGAACUUUUCUUGUGUGGUUAAAGAAAAAGACUGGUAGAUGAAUGACACUUUAAUUGUUUUGACUCAAUUAUGGUGUUUUUUGAAAGCAGGCAAAGCAUCUCCAAAAGGCCCUUAAUUGAAGAUGCUACUGUGGGCACCGGAGCCUUUAUAGAUUGGUUUUUCAUGUCAGCUUUAAACUUUGGAUUGCUUAAUUUCGUGUAUUUGUAGGGCUUGGACUGUAUACAGCGACUCUGUAGAUGCUGAUGUUCAGAGUCAGACCUAUCUUGUAUAUGUUAUUCAAGAGAAUGACCCAUCUGAAUGGGCACACAUACAUUCAGGGACUAGUGGGGCCCGUCUGCCUGUGAUUAUGUCUGUGGAUGGAGGACAUGAUUCUAGGGCCUUUGGGCAAACAAACUACUAAUCCUACGGUAAAAGUGCUUAAUUUGUUGGACGU